CGAUAAUUUUUGCCGGUCGCGAGACACUGCGGGAUUCGGUGGAGGAGGAAAUGCUGAGUCAUCUGCCCGCGCUGACUAAUCCCGAUGACGUCGAGAAGGGAAAUGCCUCACAUGGAGGCUGGAGAAGAUAUCCUGUCACGAACCUGGUCAUUGACUCAUCUGGCGUCGGGAUGUUAUUUUUGGCGUCAAUGUUAUCCACGGAAUCGAUGGCUCAGUCCCGGUGAUAAAGAUUGUAAAACCAGUGCAAGACAGAGUAAUCGUGAUGGCGAUCUCUUGCCAGGAACCCUGAGAUCCACAGCGAUCGUUUACCCGUACAAUGUCGCGUGUUUCAACUCCUCGGACUAACUAGUGUAUGUCAAGAGGACCAAGAUAAUGUGUUCAGUCUUUCACCUACGGCUUCUCCAGCAAAUCUGGUCAAGAUUAUCACAAGACGAAAAUGCCGCAACCUGUCCGACAAUCAAGAAUAAUACUCAGUAUAAUAAAUUUGUAUUGUA